AUGUUCAAACUAUUGGUAUUUUUAUGUUUGUUUGGUGUUAUUAUGGUGGGUUCAAGCGGGGGUGUGAAUAGGGUCGAGAGUUUAGAUUGCGUUUAUUUUCACACGUCCUAUGUGGCCGAGACCAGUAAACUUUGUCAGAAAUAAACAAUUUUUUAUUCUGAAAUCAAAAUUUUGGACGCCGAAUGUAGAUUCAAAGAUUUUCGAAAAAAUUUUACACACUUGGUUUAAAAACAGAAUAAAUUUUACGAAUUUAUUUUUAGAUGGCCACAGCCAGCUCUUCCGAUGAGGAUUAUUUGAGUGAAAAUUCAGAAUCAGCUUCUGAAGAAAAUGCAGGAGAAGAAUCCGACUCAGCAUCUUCUGAUGAGGAUUUGAAACCAAGAAGACAUUUGAAAAACCCAACAUCUGAUGAAGAUGGUGAUGAAGAUGAGGAAGAAGAUUCACACAUUGGUAUUCGACGUGUUAACUUGGGUUCAGAUUUACAUGGAGUUGAUACCAAGGAUUAUCUCAUCAGAGGUGAUGAAGACGAACAACCCGAUAUGAAAUUAGUUGAGCCAAAGAUUGAUUCUUAUGGAAAAUUGAAAUACGAAUCUUUGCCUCUCGUUGAGGAUAAUAUUGUCGAUGAACUUUCGCGAAAAAUCAUGUCAAAUGAUGCGUUUAAAGCCUAUCUCGGAAAUCCGGAUCAAGAACAACUUGAGAACUACUUGCGUGAUGUUUUGAAAAAACCAUCGCAAAAAGUGAUGCAAGAACAAAUCCUCUGGAAGCUUCUCGGAAUCAAAGCCUAUUACAAUCAAUAUGUCGCCUCGUUGACAAAUGCAGAUCAGAAGAAGAAAGUGGUGGAAUUCUUGGUGAAUUUGUUGAAAUCAAAAAGCGAUGCUGAUUUGACAGGUCAAAAAACCGUUGACUUGAACAAUUAUUUCGAUCGAUUGGCAUUCCUUCUCAAUGAUCCAGAUGUUAGUAAACAAUUCCAAAGUUUGUUGGACUCUUUUGUGGUCACCACACCUGCACCAGCAACUGUUGCACCAACAAUUGCAGCGGCAACUCAAAAACAAAAAAUCGCAGCAACAAUUGCACCAAUCACUGGGGUUCCAAAAUAA